GUCGUCUAUAUUGUUCUUGUUCUUGUUAUCACAGCGGCAGGUUUAUAAUUAUUUCAUCUCAGAGAGGAAAGUGAUACACUUAAUAGCUGUGAGUGAUCUGACCAAUAUCGCGAACAUUCUUAAUAUUUUGGUUCAUCGUCUGACUAUGAAAAAGAAGAGAAUGAUGCUUUAUAACGCCAUGGUGCUUAUUUUGUUCCACAUAAGCACGACGGAGGCCUUGUUUUUCAGAACGGGUCCAGUUAACUGCAUAGUCACCGAAUGGAGCGAGUGGAGUAAACCUCUUAGUUUUGGACUGGUGGAACGACAUCGCAAAAUACUUCGUCCAGCAGAGAACGGCGGAAAUCCCUGUCCACCAACUUCUGAGAAACUGACAGUCAGGGAACAUCCGACAGUCAACCAAACAGCUGAACAUUUUGCGCGGAAAUUUGUAACGAAUCGCCGUCACAUGACCUAUUCAACCUACACGGAGUCGAUGGGAAGAAUCUUGCCUCGAGAUCUCCUAAUCAUCAUGGACUCUUCCGGAAGUGUCUCCCCGGCAGAAUUUCAACAGAGCAAGCAAGCUAUGGCAGAAGUGAUUAAAAUCAUAUGUGGAGACGUUGGUCAGUCGUUUCAAGACAAUCGCAUUGCUGCUAUUCAUUAUUCCGAUUUCGUUUACGAAGAUUUCCCUUUCAACAAAAGCUAUCUGGAGGAAGAAGUUGCUUACAACAUACGACAGAUACCAAAACACAGUGGCUCCACCUGCACUGGAGAUGCAUUUAAUUACGCAAGGGUCGUUAUGCUGAAACCCGAGAAAGGUAUGCGACCUGAUUCCCAGUCCAUCAAGGAUGUCCUGAUACUAACUGAUGGUAAUUCGAAUUGUGGAUCUAAAGUAAAGAUUGCUGCAGACCGACUGAAGAAGGUGGCCAACGUUUAUGCUCUGGCGAUUGGUAUGUGGCAGAAACAGAGAAGCGAAAUCAAAUCUUAUGCUUCAAGCCCAGCAGAAGACCAUUUAUUUUCAUUGAAAUACUUCAGUGAUCUUCCGGACUUUAUGGAAGGUGUCCGUACUUACAGUCAACAAGUUUAUUGCGUUCCAUUCUUUGGACAGAUGGUGUAACAGUAAUGGUAGGAAGAGAGGCGAUUCUAGUAGUAAAGGUAAUAGUGGCAACAGCAGCUAUAGACGCAUCAGCAGCAUCAGCAAUAUUAGUAUUAGUAUGAGUAACAUGACCAGCUUACAUAACAUCAAGUUUCUCUAGCAUACGUAAAAUAUAGGAGAGAACUGCACUAAAGCACACACACACACGCGCGCGCGCACGCACGCACAACAUCGUGAACUUAGGCUGGUCUAGUAGCCUGUUACUCUGGAGUUUCUCUGACUUGUGACUGGUUCAUCAGACAGG